AUGCGUGUGAACAGUCUGCUUCUGGCUCUGCCCCUGGCACGGGGCGCCCUUGCCCUCGAGCGCCGCCUCGAUCUUGACACGGCCGAGGACAACCGGGAGUACGUCGCCAAGAGCUACAUCAUUGAGUACAGCCGUAGCUCUCUGCGCAGGCGCCAGGCCAGCCUCGAGUCCACCGACGACAUCACAGUCGUCAAGACAUUCGAGUCGGACAUCUUCUCCGGCGUCAGCGUCGAGACCGAGUCCUACAACCUGGACAGCCUCCUGAGGCUGCCUGAGGUUAAGAACGUCUGGCUCAACGAGAAGGUCGACCUGCCGUCCUUUGAGGUCCACCAGGGCUUCAGCGACGACGCCAAGGCCAUUGAGUACACGCCGCACAUCGCGACCGGUGUCGACAAGCUCCAUGAGCAGGGCAUCCUCGGCAAGGGCGUCAAGAUCGGCGUCGUUGACACCGGUAUCGCCUACAACCACAAUGCUCUUGGUAAGGGCUUCGGACCCGGCUUCAAGGUUGCCGGUGGCUACGAUCUGGUUGGUGAUGGAAUCUGGCCGACCACCGCCAAGGAGCCCGACCAAGACCCGAACGAUUUCAGCGGUCACGGCACCCACGUUGCUGGCAUCAUUGCCGGCUCCACCGAAUACUGGAAGGGUGUUGCGCCUGAGGCUACCCUCUACGCCUACAAGGUCUUCUCCCAGUCCCCCUCCACCGACUCGGCCACUCUGAUCGAGUCUUUCCUCCGUGCGUAUGAGGAUGGUGUCGAUAUCAUCACCGCCAGUAUUGGAGGCACCAACGGCUGGGCUGAGAAUGCCUGGGCUGUCGUCGCCUCUCGUUUGGUGGAGGAUGGCGUUGUCGUCACCAUCUCCGCCGGCAACAGCGGUGCCGCCGGUGCUUUCUUCGGCACUUCAGGCGGUUCUGGUCGCAACGUCGUCGCUGUUGCGUCCAUUCGCAACGAGGUCUUCCCGGCCACGCCCUUCGAGGUCACCUUCAGCCUCGACGGCAAGGUCAACUCGACCAGGGCCGGAUACAUUCCCGCCUCAUCGAACGUUCCCCCCUCUGUCGUCGACUGGCCCAUUGUCCCCGUGACGCUCAACACUGCUGUGGCCGACGACGCCUGCUCUCCUCUCACCGGCCGCGACUUCUCCAACGUUGUCGCUCUUGUGAGGCGCGGCAGCUGUGCUUAUACCGUCAAGCAGCAGAACCUUGCUGCCGCUGGUGCCAAGUAUGUCCUGAUCUACAACAACGAAGGCACCCUGCAGAAGCCUCCUUUCGACGCAGCCUCCCCCGCCCUGAUUGCUGCCAUCAGCGCCGAUGCCGGUGUCGCCAUCGUCAACACCAUCAAGGCUGGUGGCAAUGUUACGGCCGACUUCUCCAUCAACCCCGAGCAGGUGGUUGCCAUCGACUACGAUGCCGGUGGCCGCCCUAGCAUCUUCACCUCGUGGAGUGCCACCUACGACCUCCAGUUCAAGCCCGAUGUUGCUGGUCCUGGCGGCGAUAUCUUCAGUGCGUGGUUCGACGGUGGCUACAACACCAUCAGUGGUACCUCGAUGGCCUGCCCUUACGUCGCUGGUGUUGCUGCGCUCUGGAUCAGUGCUCAUGGCGGUCGUUCCAAGCACGGCAACGGCUUCGCCAAGGAGCUCAGCGAGCGCAUCAUCUCCAGCGGUGUCUCUGUGCCCUGGUCCGACGGCUCCGCUCUUGACUACAACUUCCCCGCCCCUCCUGCUCAGGUCGGUAGCGGUCUCAUCAACGCUUGGAAGGUCGUCAACUACGACACCCUCCUGCGCUUCGACAAGAUUGAGCUCAACGACACGCGCUACUUCAACCGGUACCACGACAUCACCGUCAAGAAUGAGGGCAAACAGUCUGUUGAGUACGCCCUCUCGUACGAACACGGCGCUGGUGUCGACUCUCUCGGCUACCUCCCCACCGUCACCGGUGGCCUCACCCGCCGUCUCAAGAGCUUCGCUGAGCUGCGUCCCAAGAAGCUUGAGGUUGGCAUCAGCCUGCCCCGCGACUUCACCCUGAAGCCGGGCGAGAGCAAGACCGUUAGCGUCAACUUCCGCAACCCCGACACCCUUGGCUGGAACGCCUCGGCUCUGCCUCUGUACGGUGGCAAGGUUUUCGUUGUUGGCAGCAACGGCGAGCGCCUGUCCGUUCCCUUCCUUGGUCUCGGUGCCGAUCUCAAGCGCCAAUCCGACCCCAUCUACCAGUCCGGCUUCCCCUUGUCCUACUCGGGCGUCAGCAACACCCCCAUCGCUCAGAAGGCUUCGUACUCCUUUGACCUGAGCGUUGGUGCCCAGGAUUUCCCCAAGAUCUUCAGCAAGCUUAUUUGGGGCUCGCGCCAGGUUCGCUUCGAUAUCUACGAGGCUGGCUGGAGGGAACGCAACUGGAAGUACCCCCCUGUCGAGGGCCAGAACGGCUACGUCGGGCCCGCCGCGGCUUGGGCUGGUGCUGCCUCGGUUGAAGUCUUCAACCCUGUCUUCCACAACCCCAACCAGACCUUCACCUUCCCCGUCACCGACAUCUACCGCAACGCGGAGAACACCGCACAGUUCUUCCGCUACUACUGGUUCGGUAGGCUGGGUAACGGAAGCCAGAUCGCCGAGGGCAAGUAUCACAUCCGCUUCGCUACGCUGAAGCCGUUCGGAAACCCCGAGGCCUCGGACAACUGGGACGUUUUCCAGGCGCCUGAGAUCACCAUCACGGGCAAGUACUAG